UAAAAUUUACAGAUUUCUCACGUAAAAGCGCGUAAAAGGUGGUAUUGGAGUUUGCCCAUAUCAACAGUUUGCAAUGCAGUAAUAGUAUCCAAGCUCUCUUCUCUUGCUCCCCAACAUAUAUUCCUCAGCGCUGACGAUUUUCCUUCAUUUCUCCAACCACCCUUUUGGCCCCCACUUUCUUCUUCCUCUUCCCUCUUCUUACUUUUAUACUUUUUCUAUGCUUUCUCCAAGAAAUAAAUGAGAGAUUUUCCAGCCCACAAAGUCAAAAUUCAAUCUUGAAUUUGGAUUUCGUACUUCCCCCAAGAAAGAAGUUUGUUGUUUUAGCACAAGGAAAAAAGAGAAAAAUGAAUCUUGAAAUUGGGAACGCAGUUGUCUAGAGCUUGAAGUCUUCUCUUGUUGUGGGCUUUAGUUGUUAGUAGUUGAUUCAAGAUUGUUACUUUUUCAGUUUGUUUGUGUUCCAGCUAGAGGGCGUUUCUCUCUCAUGUUGUCAAAGUCUUUGCUUGUUGUGGGAUACUUUUACUUGUUCUGCUAUGGCCUUUUAGUCACAAGAAAUGGAGUUCUUGGUGUCAGCUAUCUGAAUUCUGAUUAUGCCUCUCCUUUUCUGGCCAUAGAAUUGCCUGCUGCUGACUCUUCCUCUGUAGAUUCAGGUUUUGGCUUCUCAAAUUCAAAGAAAAGCCUUUUUCCUCAAGAGGGAUUUGAUGAUGAGGUCGAACAUGAUGAUUUUAAGGUAGAACCGACGGUGGUGCUCAACCUGAAACACCGAUCAUCUGGGAAAAGAAAGAGGCCGAAGGAGUCGGUUUUGGAGUCCACAACCAAGGAUUUGAAUAGGAUUCAGACGCUUCACACAAGGAUAGUAGAGAGGAGGAAACAGAAUAGCAUUUCAAGAAUUACUAGAGAUGACAGCCGGCGGGCGCCUGCCCCUUCACCGGAAUCUUACACAGGCGGGUUCUCCGGCCAGCUCAUGGCAACCCUCAAGUCAGGGGUGAGUCUUGGCUCAGGGGAGUACUUAAUGGAUGUGUUUGUGGGUACACCUCCUAAGCAUUACUCUUUGAUUCUUGAUACUGGUAGUGAUCUUAAUUGGAUCCAAUGCAAACCUUGUCAUGAUUGCUUUGAGCAAAAGGGGCCUUAUUAUGAUCCUAUGCAAUCGAGUUCAUAUCGAAAUAUUGCCUGUAAAGAUCCCCGUUGCCGGCUUGUAUCGUCCCCUGAUCCCCCACAGCCUUGCAAGGCUGAGAUUCAGAGUUGUCCUUACUACUACUGGUAUGGAGAUAGUUCAAACACGACGGGAGAUUUUGCAUUAGAAACAUUUACAGUCAAUCUAACGGCGAAAAGUGGGAUAUCACAGUUUUGGAAAGUGAAAGAUGUGAUGUUUGGAUGUGGUCAUUGGAAUAGAGGUCUAUUUCAUGGUGCUGCUGGUGUGUUAGGACUUGGGAGGGGGCCGUUAUCGUUUGCCUCCCAGCUCCAAUCUUUGUAUGGCGAUUCGUUCUCCUAUUGUCUUCUGAGCAGGAAUAGUAACAUGAGCAGCAAGUUGAUUUUUGGUAAGAAUAAGGGGCUGCUGAGCCACCCUGAUUUGAACUUCACUACAUUGGUUGCCGGAAAAGAAAAUCCUGUCAGCACGUUUUAUUACGUCCAGAUAAAGUCGGUAGUGGUUGGUGGAGAGAAGUUAAAUAUUCCAGAACAGAUGUGGAAUAUGUCAGCAGAUGGCGCCGGUGGUACGAUUGUCGACUCGGGUACUACACUCAGUUAUUUUGCUGAUCCAGCUUACAAGAUUAUUAAGGAGGCUUUUGAGGAGAAGGUGAAGGGCUAUCAAGUUGUGAAGGAUUUUCCCAUAAUGGAUCCUUGUUAUAAUGUAUCUGGUGUCGAGAAACUGGAUUUGCCCUCAUUCUCGUUCGUCUUUGCUGAUGGAGCAGUUUGGAAUUUCCCAGUCGAGAACUACUUCAUCAAGCUCGAGCCUGAAAACAUAGUUUGUUUGGCAAUUCUGGGAACCCCACGAUCAGCUCUGUCAAUUAUUGGGAACUACCAACAGCAGAACUUCCACAUCUUAUAUGACACUAAGAGAUCGAGGCUGGGAUUUGCACUAACAAACUGUGCCGAUAUAUAGCAUCCUUUAGUAGAGUGUAUAGUCUGAGAGGUUGGCGGAAACUUGUAAACAUGUCCUCGAAACAACGCUUCUCACUAUUUAUUUACUGGUGAAGCAAAAUAAUACUGUUGUUUCAGGCAUAUACCAGUUAAUACAUGUUAUAAUCUUAGUGUUCUACUGCUUCUUGCACAUUCUUGCAGGUCCAUCAUAUGCCUGAAAGGCAUUGAUUCCCCAAGAUUUGCAACAUGUUAUGGUAUGUUGUCUUAGCCCUAUCUUCUUCGCUA